AUGAAGAAGUAUGGUGUUCACCAUCGAUUGGCCACUCCUUACCAUCCUCAAACAAAUGGGCAAGCAGAAGUUUCAAACCGAGAGGUUAAGCAGAUUUUGGAGAAAACGGUGAAUCCGUCUCGAAAGAAUUGGAGCUUGAGGCUAGAUGACGCACUAUGGGCGUACCGAACUGCCUAUAAAACCCCAAUUGGUAUGUCACCAUAUCGUUUAAUCUUUGGGAAGAUGUGCCACUUGCCGGUUGAGUUAGAGCACCGCGCCUAUUGGGCCGUGAAGGAGGUGAAUGAGAAUUUGCCUAAGUGUGAGGAGGAACGAAAAUUCCAACUUCAAGAAUUGGAGGAACUUCGUCUUGAAGCAUAUGAUGCAGCCAUGUGGUACAAAGAGCGCACCAAGAUGUGGCAUGACAAGCAUCUGCGUCGAAAGACAUUGAAGGUCGGGCAAAAUGUACUCUUGUUCCAAUCGAAGCUGCGUUUAAUGCCCGUUAAGUUGAAGACCAAAUGGGUUGGUCCGUUCGUGAUCCAGUCUGUUUGCCCAAACGGGGUAUUUGAGAUUCGCAGUUUAGACACGGCUAAGACAUUCACCGUGAAUGGACAACGUUUGAAGCCGUACUAUGAUGCCUCUUCUUUAGUUCCAGCGGAGUCUGUUUCGCUGUUUGUUCCGGGCAUCUUUUGA